AUGGCGGGUGUCCAGACCACCAUCAAAACGGAGCUCUGCUCCUUCAGCGAAUACCGUAUUUACCCGGGUCGCGGCCUGAAGUUUGUUUCUCGCGAUGGAAAAGUGCACACCUACAUCCACUCCAAGGAGGCGCGCCUUGGCCGACAGAAGAAGAAGGCAGCCAAACUCCGUUGGACAUUGGUAUGGCGGCGUGCCAACAAGAAGAUUCGAGGAGAGGCCGUCGCAAAGCGGCGUACGCGCAAAGGAGGAAAGGUUCAGAAGGCUAUUGUGGGUAUUUCCCUUGAAGAGAUUAAACAGAGGAGGGCAGCAAAGCCAGACCCAACUAAGAUGAGGAAGAUGCCUGCAAAGGAAAAGAAGGAGAAGAAAGAGAAGCCGAAACAGACUGUAGUCCCGGGAACACGAGCCCCCCCAGUAAAGAAGAUGGUUCCGAGGGCGCAGAAGGUGGCAGCCGCUCGCCUCAUGUGA